GUUUAGUUCCAAAAGAAUUUUCAAGAUGACGAGUCCAUUUCUCCUUGCAGCAGGCAUUUUAUCGAUUGUUUUGGCAAAUGUUUCCGCAGAGCCACGAACUAAACGCCCCAAUUGGAUUGCAACUGGAACUGUGGAUGCUGCCCCUUCUCAAGAUAACUAUAAUUCCAAUUGUACAGCUGAUUCGCCUAUGAAUUGCCGAGAACAAGAGCUGGAAAAAAUGGUGCUGCAGCUUUUGAAAUCAACCAAAAAACCUCCUGCGAACACUCCCGUCAAAGAUUGGUUUGGUGGAAUAUGGAAUUCGAUACGCAAUGCCCUAGGGGAUUUUAUAACUAAAUUACCGAAAUAUGAUUAAAGAUAUUAAUCAAUCAUUUCAAGUUGGCAAGUGGCAAUCCAUUGGCAGAUCUGUCCCUAUUUCUUUUGUUUCUAUAUUAUAUAGAGAAUAUAUAGAAAUCCAUUUUGGCCACCA